GCCAGGGACAGCGUCCGUCCCUGCUGCAGAGCUGCUGUCUGAGGAUCUUCUUAAAGGGCCCGCGCGCCGCCGCCCCCUCGGCCCGCCAUGCUGCUACCCGUACCGCUGCUGCUCGGCCUUCUUGGCCUGGCUGCCGCCGAACCCGUCGUCUACUUCAAGGAACAGUUUCUGGACGGAGAUGGGUGGACUAACCGCUGGAUUGAAUCCAAACACAAGUCGGAUUUUGGAAAAUUUGUUCUCAGUGCCGGCAAGUUCUACGGUGACUUGGACAAAGAUAAAGGGCUGCAGACAAGCCAGGAUGCCCGCUUCUACGCCCUGUCGGCCAGAUUCGAGCCGUUCAGCAACAAGGACCAGACGUUGGUGGUGCAGUUCACGGUGAAACACGAGCAGAACAUUGACUGUGGGGGUGGAUACGUGAAGCUAUUUCCAGAUGGUUUGGACCAGACGGAUAUGCACGGAGACUCCGAGUACAACAUCAUGUUUGGCCCUGACAUCUGUGGCCCUGGCACCAAGAAGGUUCACGUUAUCUUCAACUACAAGGGCAAGAACGUGCUGAUCAAUAAGGACAUCCGUUGCAAGGAUGAUGAAUUCACACACCUGUACACACUGAUCGUGCGGCCCGAUAACACCUAUGAGGUGAAGAUUGAUAACAGCCAAGUAGAAUCAGGCUCUUUGGAGGACGACUGGGACUUUCUGCCACCCAAGAAGAUAAAAGAUCCUGAUGCUUCAAAGCCCGAAGACUGGGAUGAACGAGCCAAGAUUGAUGACCCCACAGACUCCAAACCUGAGGACUGGGACAAGCCUGAGCACAUCCCUGACCCCGAUGCUAAGAAGCCCGAGGACUGGGAUGAAGAGAUGGAUGGAGAGUGGGAACCACCAGUGAUUCAGAACCCAGAAUACAAGGGUGAGUGGAAACCCCGGCAGAUAGACAACCCGGAUUACAAGGGCACUUGGAUCCACCCAGAGGUGGACAACCCUGAGUAUUCUCCUGAUAGCAACAUCUAUGCCUAUGAAAACUUUGCUGUGCUGGGCCUAGACCUCUGGCAGGUCAAGUCUGGUACCAUCUUCGACAACUUCCUCAUCACCAACGACGAGGCGUAUGCUGAGGAGUUUGGCAACGAGACGUGGGGUGUCACAAAGGCGGCAGAAAAGCAAAUGAAGGACAAGCAGGAUGAAGAGCAGAGGCUGAAGGAGGAGGAGGAGGACAAGAAGCGUAAGGAGGAGGAAGAGGCAGACAAGGACGAUGACGAGGAUAAGGAUGAAGAUGAAGAGGACGAGGAUGAUAAGGAAGAGGAAGAGGAGGAAGAUGCUGCCGCUGGCCAGGCCAAGGAUGAGCUGUAGGGGCCACACCGAGCCUUCCAGGGCUGGACUGAGGCCUGAGCGCUCCGGCGGAAGAGCCAGCCGCGCCAAAUAAUGUCUCUAUGAGACUGGAGAACUUUCCUUUUUUUCAAGCGGGUUCACAUUUGGGGUGGAUUUUUUUUGUUCCCCGCUUUUUUUUUUUAACUGAUGUUUUGACUGAUUUCUCUCCUUCAGCCUUCACCCUUGGCCCUCAUCUUUCUUGACAUAUUUGUCUUUCUCUGUUCCC